CGUGGCGUUUAAUUUAGUAAUAAAGAUUAAAAUAUUUUAAGAAUUCAGUUUAAUCCGUAAUAAAUUCAUCGACAAUAAAGGAGUUGUCUUGGAUCAAACCAUAUCCCAUAUCUUCAGGUAUUCGAAAAUGGCGGCUUUUAAUGUUGUGUUGGGAUGUAUUAUGGUCCUACUACUCAUUCUCUUCGGGAUCAGUUCUGCGGCAAGGUAUUAUAUUAAGUUCACGUUGUUCAUCGUGCUGUGUUUGACAUUUGCGACCGCACCUGUUCCGCUUAUGUUACUGAAGCCGUUCGAUCCUAGAAAUGCACUGAUACCGGCGGCGCUGUUACGACUGUCAGCGCGAAUGUUGGGUAUCCGUUGGGAAGUUCGGGGUCUAGAGAAUGUGGACAACUCACGUGGAGCUGUCAUAUUGCUCAAUCAUCAGAGCGCAUUGGAUUUGUAUGUGCUGGCUGUGAUCUGGCCACUUAUGGCGCGUUGUACUGUCGUCGCAAAGCGUUCUCUUCAAUACCUGGUGCCCUUCGGAACAGCUACUUGGCUGUGGGGUACGGUAUUCAUCGACAGAGGAGCCCAGUCUGCCCGUAACGCUCUGAACAAACAAGCUGAAGCAAUCAAAGUUCACAAGCGUAAGUUAUUGCUGUUCCCUGAAGGCACGAGACACUCAGGCGAUAAACUCCUGCCGUUCCGCAAAGGAGCGUUUCACGUGGCGAUGAGUGCAGGCGCUCCCAUACAGCCAGUUGUAGUCUCUAAAUACCACUUCUUGGACGACCAUCGAUUCGGUUCAGGAAAUAUUAUUAUAACUAUACUUCCUAUGAUUGAGACUGAAGGUAUUCAGAAAGAAGAGAUCGAUUCUUUGGUAGAGAAGACCCAGUUAAGAAUGCAGGAAGAGUUCAGUAAAACGUCGUCGGAGACGUUGCCUCGCUCAUUGCGCUCGAAGACAAAAUGAACAUUUUACUGAUUAGCAGUAAACAUACUUAGAUAUAUUUAGGUAACUAUGGGAACAUGAUAUGGCUGAUACUAAAAUGCUGUGAUAAAAUUGAAAAAUAAGACAAUUACUCUAAAGAAAUAUUAGAUGUAAAAUUCGACGUUUAAAUGUUAAUUAUUUAUUUUAAUAAAUAUUAAGGGUUAAAAUAUAAUAAAGUUCACAAAACCAAUAA